UAAUGUACCUCCCAACUCCCUACUACCCUAUCCUCCUCAUAUUAUUGUUCUCCUAGACUUUGAGGACCAUUCUUACUUCUCAUCCUCAAAAAUACAUCCACUCUUCAUGAGUUUCUUCAGUCAUUCUUAACACUUUCUUUUCUUUCGCACACCUUUUCUUUUGGGGCCAAAAUGACAGACCCAGGUUCAAUCUCGAGCAAGAGUGAUGCCAAUGAUAUGAAGAAGAAGAAGAUGGAGAAAGGAGAGGGAAAGAAGCAGAAUAAAGUCUCACUGCUAAAACUUUUUGCAUUUGCCGACUUUUAUGAUUACAUUCUGAUGGCAAUCGGAUCAGUUGGUGCAUGUAUUCAUGGUGCUUCAGUACCUGUAUUCUUUAUUUUCUUUGGAAAGUUGAUAAAUAUUAUUGGUAUGGCUUACCUCUUCCCAAAAGAAGCUUCCCACAAAGUUGCUAAGUAUUCCAUGGAUUUUGUAUAUCUCAGCAUAGCUAUAUUGUUUUCCUCAUGGAUAGAGGUGGCUUGUUGGAUGCAUACUGGAGAAAGGCAAGCAGCAAAGAUGAGGAUGGCAUAUUUGAGGGCCAUGUUAAAUCAAGAUAUUAGUCUCUUUGACACCGAAGCUUCUACUGGAGAGGUUAUUGCUGCAAUUACCAGUGAUAUUAUAAUUGUUCAAGAUGCCCUUUCAGAGAAGGUUGGGAACUUCAUGCACUACAUAAGUCGGUUCCUAGUAGGGUUCACUGUUGGAUUUGUUAAGGUCUGGCAAAUCAGUCUGGUAACACUGUCAAUUGUGCCCUUAAUUGCCAUAGCUGGUGGCCUCUAUGCCUGGGUAGCAACUGGUCUCAUUGCUAGAAUUCGAAAAUCCUAUGUCAAGGCCGGUGAGAUUGCUGAAGAGGUAAUUGGAAAUGUUAGAACAGUCCAAGCAUUUGCAGGAGAAGAGAGAGCAGUGAGAUCAUAUAAGACAGCUCUGACGAAUACAUACAAGUAUGGGAAAAAAGGAGGAUUAGCCAAGGGGCUAGGACUAGGCUCCAUGCAUUGUGUCCUUUUCCUAUCAUGGUCAUUGCUUGUUUGGUUCACUAGUGUUGUUGUCCACAAGAACAUAUCGAAUGGAGGGGAGUCUUUCACCACCAUGCUCAAUGUUGUUAUAGCUGGCCUGUCACUAGGGCAGGCAGCACCAGAUAUCACUGCCUUUAUCCGAGCUAAGGCAGCUGCCUAUCCCAUAUUUGAGAUGAUAGAGAGGGAUACAAUGAGCAAUACCAUCACCAAAACUGGGAGGAAACUGGACAAACUAGAGGGGCACAUUCAGUUUAAGGAUGUGUCUUUUAGUUAUCCAUCUCGUCCUGAUGUAGUAAUCUUUAAUAAGCUGCGUCUUGAUAUCCCUUCUGGUAAGAUUGUAGCCCUAGUGGGAGGAAGUGGGUCUGGAAAGAGUACGGUAAUAUCUUUGAUUGAACGCUUCUAUGAGCCCCUUUCUGGAGAGAUACUAUUAGAUGGACACAAUAUCCGAUUGCUCGACCUCAAGUGGCUCAGGCAACAAAUUGGCUUGGUCAACCAGGAGCCUGCUCUUUUUGCUACAAGCAUUAGGGAGAACAUACUCUAUGGAAAAGAUGAUGCCACCCUUGAAGAGCUCACACGUGCAGCUAAACUUUCAGAGGCUCUCUCUUUUAUAAGCAACCUCCCUGAGAGAUUUGAAACUCAGGUUGGUGAGAGAGGUAUACAACUAUCAGGUGGACAAAAGCAAAGGAUUGCAAUUUCACGUGCAAUUGUGAAGAAUCCAUCAAUACUUCUACUGGAUGAAGCUACAAGUGCAUUGGAUGCAGAGUCUGAGAAGAGUGUGCAGGAGGCACUUGAUCGUGUCAUGGUUGGUCGAACAACUGUAGUGGUGGCCCAUCGGCUUUCUACCAUUAGAAAUGCAGAUGUGAUUGCUGUUGUUGAAGGAGGGAAGAUAGUAGAAACUGGGAAUCAUGAAGAGCUAAUUUCGAACCCAAAUAGUGCCUAUGCAUCACUAAUUCAACUUCAGGAGUCAAGUUCUCUGCAACACUACCCCUCACUGGGUCCUAACUUGGGACGGCUACCAAGCAUAAGCUACUCAAGAGAACUUUCCCACACUACAACAAGCUUUGGUGGUAGUUUUCGUUCUGAUAAAGAAUCUAUUGGGGUGGAAACUGUUACAGUGAAACGUGUUUCUGCUAGAAGAAUGUAUUCCAUGAUCGGCCCAGACUGGAUUUAUGGAGUGGUUGGCACCAUAUGUGCAUUUAUAGCUGGAGCUCAGAUGCCUCUUUUUGCUCUCGGGGUGUCUCAAGCACUUGUUGCCUUUUACAUGGAUUGGGACACAACACGUCAUGAGGUCAAGAAGAUUGCAAUGUUAUUCUGUGGGGCAGCAGUUAUAACAGUCAUAGUUCAUGCAAUUGAGCAUCUCUGUUUUGGAAUCAUUGGAGAGCGACUCACUCUUCGUGUGCGGGAGAAGAUGUUUUCGGCCAUUUUAAGUAAUGAGAUUGGGUGGUUUGAUGACGCAAACAACACAAGUUCUAUGCUUUCAUCGCGUCUAGAAAGUGAUGCAACUCUGUUACGAAAUAUAGUUGUUGAUCGCAAUACAAUUCUUUUACAGAAUGUAGGAUUGGUUGUCACCUCAUUUAUCAUUGCCUUCAUCUUGAACUGGAGGAUCACACUUGUUGUCUUGGCCACAUACCCUUUGAUCAUUAGUGGUCAUAUCAGCGAGAAACUUUUCAUGCAAGGCUAUGGUGGCAACUUAAGCAAAGCCUAUCUGAAAGCUAACAUGCUAGCUGGGGAGGCUGUGUCUAACAUCCGAACUGUCGCUGCAUUUUGUGCUGAAAACAAGAUCCUUGGCCUUUACGCUUGUGAACUUGUUGAGCCUUCCAGGCGUUCAUUUAGUCGUGGUCAGAUUGCUGGCAUAUUUUAUGGCAUAUCCCAGUUCUUCAUCUUCUCAUCCUAUGGCUUGGCCUUAUGGUAUGGUUCUGUUUUGAUGGGGAAGGAGCUUGCUAGCUUCAAAUCUGUCAUGAAAUCUUUUAUGGUUUUGAUUGUGACAGCAUUAGCCAUGGGUGAGACAUUAGCAUUGGCCCCGGAUCUCUUGAAGGGAACCCAAAUGGUGGCAUCAGUCUUUGAUUUGAUAGACAGAAAGACUGAAGUGCUUGGCGAUGUUGGGGAAGAGCUAAGGAUAGUAGAGGGAACAAUUGAGCUAAGGGGUGUCCAUUUUAAUUACCCUUCAAGGCCAGAAGUUGUGAUUUUUAAGGACUUCAACCUAAAAGUUCGUUCAGGCAAGAGUGUGGCAUUAGUGGGGCAAAGUGGUUCUGGAAAAAGCUCUGUCAUCUCCCUUAUACUGCGAUUUUAUGAUCCCACAGCUGGAAAAGUGAUGAUAGACGGGAAAGACAUCAAGAAACUCAAGCUCAAAUCUCUUAGGAAACACAUCGGGCUAGUCCAACAAGAACCAGCUCUAUUUGCCACAUCAAUAUAUGAAAACAUUAUUUAUGGAAAGGAAGGAGCCUCUGAAGGUGAAGUAAUUGAAGCAGCUAAGCUUGCUAAUGCUCACAGUUUUAUCAGUUCGCUUCCUGAGGGCUACUCUACCAAAGUAGGUGAACGGGGAGUGCAACUGUCUGGUGGCCAGAGACAAAGAGUAGCCAUUGCCCGAGCUGUUCUAAAGAACCCAGCAAUCUUGUUGCUAGAUGAAGCCACUAGCGCUUUAGACGUGGAGUCGGAGCGUGUGGUGCAACAAGCUCUGGACCGAUUGAUGAAGAACCGAACAACAGUCAUGGUGGCACAUAGGCUGUCAACAAUAAAGAAUGCAGACCAAAUAUCAGUUUUACAAGAUGGUAAGAUAAUAGACCAAGGCACUCAUUCAACUUUAACAGAGAACAGGAAUGGAGCAUACUAUAGGUUGAUCAACAUUCAGCAACAGCAACAGCGAUAAUACCAUAAUUAAUACCAAAUAACACAAAUGAUUUAUGCAGGGUGCUUCCUUAUCAAUACAGCACACAUCUAUUAAUUUUUUCACUGUAUUUUAGUCCCGAUAUAUAAGGACUUAAUGUGAAUUUGAGUGAUUAUUUCUAUUUGAAAAUAAUGACAAUACAUGGAGAAUGGUGUACAAGUA